GGCUGACGCCAGGGGGCGUGGCAUCCGAGGGCGGGGUCGCGCUGCGGGGUGCUGGCCCAGCGGCCGCAGAUCCUGGGCAGAGGGAUCGUGGGGUACUCGCUGAGAGAGGGCCGCGCGGCAGCGCCCUGCGAUGGAGCGGGCGAAGAUGGCGGAGGAGAGCCUGGAGACGGCGGCGGAGCACGAGCGGAUCCUGAGGGAGAUCGAGAGCACAGACACGGCCUGCAUCGGGCCCACGCUCAGGUCUGUCUAUGAUGGUGAGGAACAUGGACGAUUCAUGGAGAAGCUAGAAACUCGUAUCCGCAAUCAUGACAGAGAAAUCGAGAAAAUGUGCAACUUUCACUACCAGGGCUUUGUGGACUCUAUUACUGAGCUGCUGAAAGUACGAGGAGAAGCCCAGAAACUCAAAAACCAGGUGACGGACACUAAUAGGAAACUGCAGCACGAGGGCAAGGAACUGGUAAUAGCAAUGGAGGAGCUGAAGCAGUGUCGACUACAACAGAGAAAUAUUUCUGCCACUGUCGAUAAGCUAAUGCUGUGUCUUCCAGUCCUAGAGAUGUACAGCAAACUGAGGGACCAGAUGAAAACCAAAAGGCAUUAUCCUGCACUGAAGACACUGGAGCAUCUGGAACACACCUAUCUGCCUCAAGUGAGCCACUAUCGAUUCUGUAAGGUGAUGGUGGACAACAUCCCCAAGCUUCGGGAGGAAAUAAAAGAUGUUUCUAUGUCUGAUCUCAAAGACUUUCUGGAGAGCAUCCGCAAGCAUUCAGACAAAAUUGGAGAGACUGCCAUGAAGCAAGCCCAACAGCAAAGAAACCUGGAUAACAUUGUCUUGCAACAGCCUAGAAUAGGUAGCAAAAGGAAAUCUAAGAAAGAUGUUUAUACAAUCUUUGAUGCAGAGGUGGAGAGCACAAGUCCAAAGUCGGAACAGGAUUCGGGAAUUCUGGAUGUGGAAGACGAGGAAGAUGAUGAAGAGGUACCUGGGGCUCAAGACUUGGUGGAUUUCUCUCCUGUGUAUCGGUGUCUACACAUAUAUUCUGUCCUGGGUGCCCGUGAAACAUUUGAGAAUUACUACCGAAAACAGAGGCGAAAACAGGCUCGUUUGGUACUCCAGCCUCCGUCUAAUAUGCAUGAAACUUUAGAUGGCUACAGGAAGUAUUUCAAUCAAAUUGUAGGCUUUUUUGUGGUUGAAGAUCACAUUUUGCAUACAACCCAGGGCUUAGUGAAUAGAGCCUACAUUGAUGAACUGUGGGAAAUGGCCCUUUCAAAGACCAUCGCAGCAUUGCGUACCCACUCGUCCUACUGUUCUGAUCCAAACCUCGUGUUAGAUUUGAAGAACCUCAUUGUACUCUUUGCGGACACACUUCAGGUGUAUGGUUUUCCUGUGAAUCAGCUUUUUGAUAUGUUGUUAGAAAUCAGAGACCAGUACAGCGAGACUCUAUUGAAGAAGUGGGCAGGGGUUUUCAGAAAUAUACUUGAUUCUGACAACUACAGUCCCAUACCAGUAACAAGUGAAGAGACAUAUAAAAAAGUCGUAGGACAAUUCCCGUUUCAAGAUAUAGAACUGGAAAAGCAGCCAUUUCCCAAAAAGUUUCCUUUCUCUGAAUUUGUGCCAAAAGUUUACAACCAGAUUAAAGAAUUUAUCUACGCCUGCCUGAAGUUUUCAGAAGAUCUUCAUCUAAGCUCCACUGAAGUCGAUGACAUGAUCCGUAAGUCUACAAACUUGUUGCUGACCAGGACUCUGAGCAACUCUCUGCAGAACGUCAUUAAGAGGAAGAACAUUGGCCUUACUGAGCUUGUCCAGAUUAUCAUCAAUACAACACACUUGGAGAAGUCCUGUAAAUACCUGGAGGAAUUCAUCACCAAUAUCACUAAUGUCCUUCCAGAGACGGUCCAUACCACCAAGCUUUAUGGUACCACAACUUUCAAGGAUGCUAGACAUGCAGCUGAAGAAGAGAUAUAUACAAACCUAAAUCAGAAGAUUGACCAGUUUCUGCAGCUGGCUGACUACGACUGGAUGACUGGAGACCUAGACAACAAAGCCAGUGAUUACCUGGUAGACCUCAUUGCCUUCCUCCGGAGCACCUUUGCUGUGUUCACACACCUUCCUGGAAAGGUGGCUCAGACAGCAUGUAUGUCAGCUUGCAAGCAUUUAGCCACAUCCUUGAUGCAACUUUUGCUAGAAGCGGAAGUACGGCAGCUCACUUUGGGAGCAUUGCAGCAGUUCAACCUGGAUGUCAGAGAAUGUGAACAGUUUGCCAGAUCCGGCCCGGUGCCUGGGUUCCAGGAGGACACGCUGCAGUUGGCCUUCAUCGACUUGAGACAAAUAAGACCUGGCUGUACUGAAACUUGCUAUAUAAACCAGGCUGGCCUUGAACUCACAGAGAUCUUCAUGCUUCUGCUUCCGAAAUUCUGGAAUUAAAGGUCAGUAUGUUAAAGCAUGCUGGAUGUGAGGAAUUUUUGAGGCAUUUUAAUUUUUAAAAUGUUAAGAUCCUUUACAUAUAAAUAUUUUUGAAAAUAGAUAAUUCAGUUGGAAGUACUUAUUUUCUCCUCAAUCAAGUUGGGUGAGAAUAUGUAGUAUGCAAAUGGUGUAUAGACAUAUAUGCAUACAAAACACCCAAACAAUUACAAAAUAAAUGGAUGCUAUGCUCUAAUUUUUCAUGUUUGUUUUGGUUUUAUGUUUCUAAUGAGAAAAAGAAAUAAAAUGAAAAACUGUACGGUGAAGACCCUCUAUACUCUUGACAUUGAUAAAUUAUGUAAAUUCAUAUUUUUAACUGAGUUGAGAUCAUUCACAUACAUUCUUAUUAUUUAGCAAAGAGUCAAGGAAAGUGUCUCUGUAGCUAAUGAGCAGAAGUGAAGGAGACAGCAGAGAAGAACACAGGGCAGAAAGCACAAGGCCAGUGAUCAGGUGUCUCAUUAUGGGGAUAUCAGGAGACUGUGCCCCUAAUAAAAAGGAGGCAACAGGAACCUAGAUGCUCUGAAGUUGAGUGUGGCUAAAGCCAGCCGGGGAUGCAUAACAAGACCCUAACUCAACUCCCCACAUGCCUUAAAAAACAUUAAAGAAGAAAAAUAAAUUUGAAAUGUUAGAAGGCUCAAGGCAAAACCAUGAAGCUAAUGCAGUUUGAGAGGAAGAAGAGGCGGCAGCUCAGCAGCUCUGCAGCUGCAGCUCCAGUGGAGCCAGGGCACGCAUUUGUGGUUCAGGCUGAACUGCACCUUCAGUGAGCUUCACUAAACAAGCGAUUGAUCGAGCACGAUCAUCAUGGCCAGUCACCAUAGAAACACAUAUAGGCUACCUGAAGAGUCUCAUCUCAGCCAUUCAGCUCUGCAGUGUGCCUACAAGGAAAGGGCAGGCUGGGGAGGAGCAGGAGAUGUGCUCCUCUUUCUGAGCAGAUGCAGAUGGUGGUGAUUGUGGCCUGUUCUCCACGUGUGCUUCCCUGAUUCCACAUGCCUUCUAAUUAGAGCCACAUUGGUCAGAAGCUUAGAGCUAAGCAAUUGGAUCAAACUGUUGAUGGUCUGCUUCUGCUGUGAAGAAUGAAGUUGAGAACAGGGAGCAGGAGGGCUUCAGUAACUGUUCAUUUGGGUUGGGAGAACAGUACGCAUCGGUCCAUUUGUCAGGUCUUGUCUCCUCAUACAAAUCAUCUUUACUUUCUAGGUGUGUUUUUAUUAUCUUAAAAGGUUAAGGUUGCACUUUGAACUCACUAAACUGCUGAAGCAUUGAUCAUUACCCACACCCAUGUCUGAUGGAGAGCCCACUCCUGCUUGCUCUUCUAACUUCCCACCCCACCCUGUCACUGCUCACUUUUGCUUUCUUGCAUUCUACUAAGAAUGCAAAACAGCUUUAUUUCUGAAUUUCCUUCUGAUUUUUAUCUUGUCUUUUUCAAAACUGUUUCUCCUUUGGAUUGCUUAAGGAUAACUGUUUUCUUAAGUUGAAUACCCUUGACUUCCAUCCUGGAAGGGGCAUGCUGGUGUACUACUGUCUUUGGCUCUCCACAGAUAGUGUUUACUGGAGUUUGCAUGCCAUGUUGUAUUCCUAAAACACAAGAAAAGGAAAGGAAAGGAAAGGAAAGGAAAGGAAAGGAAAAAGGAAAGGAAAAAUAAAAGGAAAGGAAAGGCAAAGGAAAGGAAAGAAAAGGAAAAGGAAAAGGAAAAGGAAAACCUCUUGUAUCCAAGUGAGGAGUCAGCAUUUUAGUGUGCUUCUCAGGCCCAGAAGAGAGAGCAAGAAAAUUUGUCCACAAGUCAUCUCAUGUUGUGAUUUUCUAAGCCCACAGCUCCAGUGCUAAAAUUUUCAUUUCAAAAGAUAUUUCUGAGUUCAUGUGGCCAACCUAGACCCACCCCUUGAGAAGUUACAGUUCCUAUCUGAGUCUCAUCCCGAAGUCCAUCAUUCCUUUCUUUCAUGUUAAUAGGCCGGAUGGAUAGAAAAGCUGCUGCCCUAUCACCUGGUGGGUAUUCUUGGAUCUCAUCUGUGCCCAUAUUGUGUCUCAGAAGUUUCACAUUGCCUCCAAAAACGUUUCACUCUUGCCCUCUGUCAUAUAGUGUGCACGAAUACUAAGUAGGGUAACUGUUAGAUAGGGCUAGUACUAGGCAAAAUAAGUACUGGGGAGCAGGGCUGGAGAGAUGACUCAGUGGUUAAGAGCACUGACUCUUCCUCCAAAGAUCCUGAGUUCAAAUCCCAGCAACCACAGGAUGGCUCACAGCCAUCUGUACAGCUACAGUGUACUCCUAUACAUAAAAUAAAUAAACAAAUCUUUAAAAAACAAAAAAGUACUAGGAAGCAUAAGUACUAGAUAGUGUGAGAAUUAGGCAGUACGUAUUAGGUAGUAAGUAGGUAUUAGGUUCUGUGAAGAUUCAUCUUGGUGAACCUUCAACUGCUUUGAGCAGGUAGAACAAUUGUUAGUAGCCAUCAAAUGGCAUUUCCGAUAAAACAAAAAAAAAAAAAAAAAAGAUCCUUAUAAAGUCAAGGAUAUACUUACCACACAAGCCUGGAGUCACCCUGGACAUUUUUGUUAAAGAAAGAAACUUAACUGUAUCCAAAGCCUGUGAGACUACCACCUACAUUUACAGAUUUAAUGUAAACAAGAAGCUUACUUAAGGGGCUUUAUAAGGCAUGAUUCUGGCCUUUCCUGUGCCACCACAGACUUAUUGACUUGGAGUCUCGUAGAUAUGGAACCAAGGAGGCCAAAGUUGGAAACAGUUACAGCCUGGGUUCUCUCUCAGCUAGGGGUAGGAGUAGAGAGAAUGGUGGGGGCUGUCUACAGGAACGCUUGGCUGUGGUUCUCAGCCCUGCUCCAGUCUUGUUAGGGUGACAGUCCUUCUGAGUUUAUCAGUAAUCAUCAUUUUAUUUCUCAGCUCUUCUGGAUUCAUGGCUGUGUCGGUGGGAGGGUUCUUGAACCACUUGUCACAUGCCGUCUGAAACCAGAGGCAGGGACAGCAGGGACACUCUUUGGGUGCACCUUGCCCUUACCCCAUUCCCAUGCCCAGCAGGACUGCAGAGUUCUUCACUACAUUGGGUUUUCACAUUGGUAUGGUGUCGACAUAAAUCACAUUUCCCGCCGAUAUUUGCUAGUGAGUGGAAGAUGGCCAAGGCAACCACAGCACAGAUGUCAGUUAGGAAAAUUACACCCAAACCUGAAAGCACUGGCAGUGGCGAUUUUGUUUAUGAAAAUUGGGAAAGCUCUCCCCUCACAGCCACUGACAUCCCUGAUUUAUUGUUUCUCUGCUGAAAAUUAUACAAAGAUGUUUUUCAGACAUGAGCUGGUGAAAGCUGACUAUUGAGGGUGGAGGAAGAGUAAAGUGCCCUCAUGUCUGUGAAUUGCUGUCAGCUGUAACAUCUUUUUAACAGUGCAGUUCUUUUUGUGUGUCUGGAAAACCAGCCAUGGAGCUAAGAUGACCCAUAAUACUGAAGAAUAAAAGCAUCACAGUGCCAAGAAUGUCCGACCCAUUGUCAGGAGGCUUAUUUUCACCCUGAUGCUAGGGCUACCUUAAAAGGGUCCUUGAUUCAAUGGCCUAGCUGUUGUGAACCUCAGUUUCUGUAUAUGCAGCUGUGGGGUUUUGUUUAUUUUUUAAAUGCUGCUUCCAAACACCUGAGUUGAAGCUAUAGUGAACAUAACUCCAGAUCAGAGCUUAAAAUAGGUCAUUGUGUAAGUCAUAUAGACAACAAAAUUCAAAAUUUGCAUGAUUUAAAGAUUAUAAAUUUAAUUUUAAUGUACUUUUCAGUAUAUCAAUUAAAACAUUUUAUCUUUUUCAUGUAAAAUUAUAGAGUACUUACAUUUUAAAACUGAUUAUGAAAAAACAUCAUUUAUUGACUAAUCUAUCUGUAAUAUUUUACUGUUGUUUGAAGGUCAAUAAUAUGUUAAGGUACUAAUCCAAAGAGUCAAUUUAGGACCUGGCAAGAGGGUCACAAGUCUGAAGUCAGCCUGGGCUAUCUAGAGAGAUCUUGUCUCAGUGAUGAUAGUGAUAACAAUAAUAUUAAUAAUAAUAACCAAAAAUUAAAGCAGCAGAAUCAAAUCCACUUGUUUGGUUUUUAUGAGUAUUGAAAACUAAUUUUUAUAAUUUUCAAAUUUAAUUUCUUAAAAGAAGAAAGGACAUUUGUGCACGUAUUUCUCUAAAAUUGUAGUACAGAUAUGAAUAAUUUUAAUUCUAAUGAAUAAAAGUCAUGGUGAAUGUAAAUACUUACUUUCCAGUUGUCAAUUGUGAAGAAACAGAAGAUAUAGAAAGAUUGCUUCUUUCUUCCUAUUGUAUAAUUAAUGUUUAGAGGAACUUUAGUUAUCUGGGUUUUUUUGUCCAGUCCAACAUUGGAUAUUUUGUGCUUUUUCCCCUGUUGCUGGUAAUUUGGGGCUUUGUUGAUGCUUGUGAUCUGCCCACAGGCAUUGCCUUAACAGAAGCAGGAUCUUGCCUUUAACCCUUUGAGAAGACCUAAGUUCGUCAUCAUCUUCAGCCUUUCUUCUUUUCUACAUCUGCUUGACAAUCCCAAUCCAUAAUGAUCAGUGUAUUGUCCUUAUCUUGGAAACUUCAAUUUUUAAAUUAUUUUGUGAUCUUCAUUCAUUUUUCUAUUCUUUGUAUGUUCUGCUUGUUCCAGAUACUCGAUAGCAAGCAAAACAGCAAUAUGUUUGUCCACAGUCGUGACUCUUAGCGAGACCUGUUCGUUUGUGAGACCUGCUUGUCUCAGUGCCAGGAAGGGCACAGGUGUGCAGUUCCAUUCUUGAUUCUGACUGCAAGGAAGAGCUGAUGUUACAUCUUGAGCCUGAAGGCAGGUGAAAAUAACAGCUAUGUCCAAAGCCAUCAGGUGUGGGAGUGUCUCACAGGAACUGACAGCUGACCUGUUCUGACCUCGCUAUUUGCUUGAGACCCACAACACUAAGAACAGUUUACUUCCAGCAGUUACAAAUAAAAUGUCAGAACUCAUCAAGAAACAUCCACACAGACACAUGCAGAACCAUGUUAGACCAGUUGUCAAGGCAACCAGUGACCCAGUCCAGUUACAUGCAUACAGUCAUUCCCAUUACUCUGUAAUACAUGCUGAUUGCAUUGCCCCAAAAUCCUGGCUGCACCUAUUCACCAUCACUGCCCACCAUAGAAGCCAUGGAUUUUCUUCUUGUCUGUGUAUUUCCUAAUGUCCUAUAGAUCCAAUCAUAUAGUGUGUAGUCUUUUUAGAUUGGCUUUUUUUUCAUCUAGCAAUAUGCAUUUUAAUUUCUUUCAUGUCUUUUCUUGGCUUAAUGGCUCAUUUCUCUUUAAUGAGCCGAAUACUGUUUCUUUGUCAGAAUGUACCACAUUUGCUCACUCAUCUGCGGAAGAGCAUCUUUGCUGCUUCCCGUUUGUAGCAGUUAUAAAUAGAGCUGCUGCAAAUGUCCCCACACAGGUUUUGUGUGGCUAUAAGGGAUUUUCUUUGUUUCUUUCACGUUUGUUCAUUUUUUAAGAUAGGCUUUUCUAUGGAGAGCAAACUGGCCUUGAACUUAAAGAACACCUCUUGCCUUUCAAGUAUUAGGAUUUUAGGCAUGUACCACUGUCACAAUCUUAAAUUUUCAGCUUUUCUGGAUGAACACCAGUGAGCACAAUUGCCACAUCACAUUGUAAAAGUUUAGUUUUGUAGAAAACUAUCUUUUCCCUACGUAGCAAUGACUGCGUUGCAUUCCUACCAACAAUAAAUGAGAUUCCUGUGGCUCGAGUUCAUAGUAUCUUUCAGUGUUUGCUUGUUUUAGACUAGGGGUGCGACUAAGUGUGUGAGAGUGUUCUUAUUUUAACUCGUAUCUUCCUGAUGUCAUAUAAUGUGGAGGAUCUUUCUGUCUGCCUAUCUGACAUAUAGGUUCCUUUUUAGUGAGAUUUCUAUAAGGUUUCUCUCUCCCGUUUUCAGUUGGGUCGUUUUUCAUUAUUCAGUCUUAAGCAUUCCUUGUAUAUUUUGGAUAAGAGACCCUUAUCAGAUUGGCUUUAAUAAGUAUUUUCUCCAACUUUAGGACUUGGAUUUUCAUUCUUCUGAGUAUAUCUAACCUAGAACAGAUUUUUAAUUUCAAUAAAAUCUUGCUUGUAAACUCUUUCUUUCAUGGAUCAUGUUUUUAAGUUGUAUCUAAGAUGUCAUUGCCAAGUCCAGAUGCGUCUAGAUUCUCUCCUAGUUUGUCUUCUAGUGUUUUCAUUUAGAACAGUUAUGAGAUACUAGUGUUACUUUUAGAUAUAGGUAAUAGUUACUAACUUACUUUAGUCUCUUACUGCUUUCAUAUUAUUUUAAUAUUCCUAAUAUAGGCUGCUGCUGCUUUUAAAUUGUCUGAAUUUUUGCUUGCCUUGUAACUUAAAGAUGAAAGAAAUGACAUUUUCUUUAACUAUUGUAUUACUUACUUGUCUUGUUACUGUGACAAAAUCCCUGAUAAAAACUUGCUAAGGGUUUCUUUUGGCUUGCAGUUUGAGGAUACAGUACAAAGUGGCUGAGAAGGCACAGCAGCAGGCCUUUAGGCAGCUAGUCACAUUGCAUCUUACUCAGGGAAGAGAGAGAGAUGAAUUCUGGUACUGAACUUGUUUCCUUUUCACUCAGUCCCAAAUCCUAGCGACUUAUAUUUAAGGUGAAUCUUCUCACCUCAUUUAGUCCAAUCUAGAAAUUCCCUCAUAGAUGUGACCAGAGACUUGUCUCCAGUAGGAUUAUAGGAUUGUCAAUUUGACAAUCAAUAUUGACCAUCACAGGUAUUGAAUUCUAAAUUACCAAUUCUUUUCCUUGAGCAUUUUAGCAGGGCAGCUCCAUUAACUUCUAAUGUCCAUCAUUUUAUCAUUUUCAUUGCUAAUGUCGAUUUUACUGCUGCUUCUUUGAGGUUUUAUUAAAUAUUCUGUCUUUGAUAUUUUGUAAUUUUAUUUUGUACCCUAUUAUAAAUCUCCCCCACAGCUCUGUUCAUGUGUAGAUAUGUGUGUUUAUGUGUGAGUGCAUGUUUUCCAAGUGAAUUUUCAAUGUUCUUGGAACCCUCCUUGGCAUUCAGAGUUCGCAUGUUUAUAUUGGCUUUGCUCACUGUGUCCUAUGGAUUCUGCCUUCCUGCUUCAAGUUAGAUAUUUGCCCCCGUCUAGAUAUUUUGUAUGAACGAGUUUUCCAAUUGACUAAUCUUCUCUUCAGCUGUAUCAAUUCUACUCAUAAAUCUCUCUGCUGUGUUCUUAGUUCUAACUCUUUCAGUUAGUUUUCUCUUCAUCACUAUAAUAACGGAAGGCCUAGUAUAAAUAACAUAAAAGGUUGAGAUGUUUAUUUUUGGUUCACAGUUCGACAAAUCUAAUUCCACAAUUAUUUGAUCCCAGUUGUGUGUCUCAGUGAUGAAGCAGAACAUGACUGCAGGGGAGCCAUAGUGAAGGGAAACAAAGACCCAGUGACUUACUUCAUCAGUCAGGCUCAUCUCCCAAUACUGCCAUUAAAUUUUGUGCUUCUUUGGACCCCAAAUGAUGGUAAUAAAUAUUUGGUUAACUGUUGAUAGGGAAUGAAUAAACUCUUAAAAUGAACACCAAACUUUAUAUUAUUUUUCUUGGUUUGAUACUCAACCAAGUAUUUGGUUAAAACCAAGAUUUUUAGGUGUAUCAGGAGUGGGAAAGAAAUUAGACUUGAAAUAAUAAGGAAAAUUUAGACCCUGGUCCAUACAAAGACUAUGGACAGUGUUGGUUUUUUGGCUUGUUGUUGUUUUUAAUAGAAUUGUGAUAAAAAUGUAGCUACAAAGCCCUGAACUUUCAGAGUCCAGCCAUAGGAAUGGCAUCACUUGAGUCUUAAACAGUAAACACCUGUAGCACACAGGGUGACCCAACUACUCCUUUGGCAUUGCCAUGGCUAGAUUUACUCCCUUUGCCUCCCUUGCCAGGUCCUUGUUCCUCCCUAGUCCUUUUCCAUCUCCUCUACUUUGCCAGACACUCUAAAUCCUAAAAAGAAAACUAAGUGAUAUAAAAUAUUCUUAAAGUUUUAUCCUUACCUCCUUAAAAGGACAAAUUCUGUGUCCAAAAUUUUUCCUAUCUGGAUGAUAUAUUUGUUUAGUUUAAGGUGACAGCUGUCUACUGUACAGUUAGUCUGAGCUAGGUAUUGUAGAGCAAUAACAUAAACAAAGCUCCUGCCCUCAGAGAUCAUGGUGCUGUUUGGCUUUUGUAGUCUCCACCCAGCACAUGCACAUAAUACUGAGGAUGGAGUCCAUGGAUUCUCCAUGCUAGGCAGGCAAGCACCUUGUCCACUUGUAUUUGUUGUGUUUAUUCAUUGUAAGAAAUUACCUGGUAGAGGCAGUUAAGGGCUUAUAGUUUCAGGAGUUUUUACUCCUCAGUGAUGAGAAUAACAUAGCUUAGCUCCUAGACAUAGUGCAAGCUGGAGGAGCCAUUCUCAUGGCAGUAAAGAGAGAAGUAAGACUAACCCCUAGUGGCUCUGCCAGCCAGGCUCCACUCUCUCAAAGUGUCACCAGCUGAGGACCACUAUUCAGAUAUACAAGCCUGUCAUGGACAUUCCACACUUGAACCCCAGCUCAAGAUGAUAACAUAAUGGUAGAAUGUUCUGAAAUAAUUACUCAUACAGUUCUAUGUGGAACAUUCUUGCCACAUCUAGAUAGCAUCUGUCUGCCCAAACAUACAUAUGUUCCCACCUAGUGAGGCUAAGCUACAUAGAACCAGGUGGUCCUGCUGUGUACUGUAUAGUAGGCAUAGAAAUCCAAGGUGAGGAAGACAGAAGAGUUGAGCUUCGAGGCCUCUACAUGAUUUAGACCAGCUCUGUCUCAGCAACUUUGGCACUCUGUGUUUUAUGUAUAGGCUUCUUCAUAAAAUUCUUUUGAAGAAAACAAAAAAAAUCAGGUCUGGAAGUGACUUUUAAAUCAGUGUUCUUAUACAUCAACAAAGCAUUUAGGUGUUAUGUGGGCAUCUAAGAGCAAUGAGAAAUAACCUUCCUCCUUUGAAACAUCAGUGCUGGAAUAGCUAUAGGCAAGCUUGAAAAGGGAAAGAUUUGUUAAACUCUUGUCUUACAAGAGAAGGAUCCUCAGAAGGAGUGUGGGAUACUGUCAGACAAGCUUGAUAGGGCAGAUUGCACUGCAAACUGCAACUACAGCCCAGCCAGCAAAGAAUCAAAACUUCAGAAAAGAUUUCUAAGCAACAUGAGGCAAAGCCCAUGCCAACCAUAUUGGUGUGGAUCCCCUGUGCCUCAGCGGGCUCCAUGUUUACUCUCAGUCUGUCAGGUCCACUUGUAAAGUGAUCUGUUUCAGUCUGAGCAUCUGAGAUGCCUGCGACAUGUGAAAGGUAAACUAAAAACAUAGGUAAAUAAAAACAGAAAAUAAGCUCUGUGAAAUGGAGAAUCUAAUACCCAUGCAAGGGCUGGCUGUGGUAGUUCACCUCAGUAAAGCCUAGCAUUUGGCUUCAGACAGAAGAAUCUAGAGUUCAGGACUAACCAGGGCUAUAUCAGACUCAUCUCCAAAAAAAAAUAAAGUAAAAUAAAAAUAAAAUAAAAUGUAGAAAGUAUUCUUUUUAAAGUUUUAUAUAUGUGUGUUUAGUUUUGAUUUUGUGUGUGUGUUAAGAUAUGUGUGUAGAGAUCUCAUAGAGUUGCAGCUCUCGGUAGUGAGUCACUUGACAUGGGUACUAGAAAUGUAAGUCAGGACCUUGGCAAGAGCAGUCAGCACACUUAACCACUCAUUCUCCAUCUCUUCAUUCCAAGAAAGCAUUCUUGAGCAAAACCUUUGGGAUUUCUUGUACAGGAAUUGGGCUUUAAGGGGAGAAAAUGGGUCAGUUGUUUCUAGAAAAAAAGUUCCACAAAACUAAAUUUUUUCCUGUGAUAUAGGUAGUACAGAGAAGGUGAUGGCAAAGGUAUACCCAAGCUGGCUUUUCUCUUUGAUGCUCACAACACUUAAUAGGACAAAGAGCACUUCCUUGCAUAAAAUCCCUGUCCAUCUGUGAUUUCUCCUCUGACCUGCAGAAAAUGGAAGUAAACUUUGUAUAUAUUGCCCAUCAAGCAGUCAAGCCUCCAUGUUCAAAUCACUUCAGAAUGUAGCAUGAGGCUGCUUCUAAGCCAGUUUUGUUUCUGGUGGUAAUGUUUCAAGUAUCUAGAAGCUUCUAUUAGACUCCACUGGAAAAGUGAAGAACCUUUCUCUUGAGCAUUGGCCCUUAGCCACUUGAACCGGCAGAAGACAGCUGCUAUCUUCUUACCUUGUCACCCUCCUAUCCCCACCCCUUCCAACUUCAUCCCUGUUCCGUACUUCCUUCACAGCUCUAAGGUCUCUCUGGAAUUUGUGGAGGUGAAGAUUUAGGUCUGGGCAACCAGUUAGAAAUAUGAAUUGCUACAGUGAACUCUGAGUGGCCUUUCAAUUUGCUGACAGAAAUUUACUCCUUGUAGACCCCCUCUCCCCCGAAAAAAAGCAGGUAAGGUCAUUUGGAGUUGAAACAAGCAUGCUGUCGGUGUGUUUGAAAAUGAAAUUAUAAUUAACCUACUGAUGGCUGUGAGGUGUUACCUUGAACUCUGUGUGGCCUCUUGGCACAGCGGCUGAACUUGCUUUAUUGAAUACCCAGAGACCUGAACAGGUGAAAUCAGGAUAUGUCCGGGGCCAAUUGUACUUUCAGAAAGAAGAUUAUAUCUCUGUUAGUGCUGACUGUAAGAGGGCUGAGGAUUAACUGAGCAGCACUAAACAGAAAAUAAAGAUGAGUUUUGACUGCCCACGCCUGUAUGAAUUUAAUGUGUGAAACUGCUAAGUAAAAUGACUCUACUUGCCUGUUCUAUGAAUUCAUUCCUGGAGUAUAGGCACGUAAGAUUAUUGAAGGUGGAAAUCAAAUAACAUUUACAUGUCUAAAAAAGACAAAAACACUGUUAUUACCAUAGAGAGCAGUGAGGUGCUGUCAGAUUCUAAGUGUCCAUAGAGGCCUGAGCUGGACAGAUUUCUGGAAGUAUUUGACAUGGAGAGGAGCUGUAUGGUGGAGAGUGAUUGUCCAUAGAAAGUGUAUUUUAAAAUGAACAUGUAGCCUCCUCAAAUAGUCAACAAAUCCAAUAAUGGUGCUCUAGAUACCAAUGAUUAAGGGAACACCUUGCACAGUUAGUUCAUUGCCAGAGUCACUCCUGACACCUUGUCACUGCCUGAGACUGAGUUUGUCUUAUGCUUUGUCACAUAGAACAAGAAAAGAACCUCACUAUUCAGUUGCAACUGUAAUUGCCUCUUUUCUCUCUAAUUAUGUUAUGUCAUCCCAUGGUAAAGUCUUCUUUUAUAAAAGCAGAAAUUUGGGUCCCUCCUUGUUUUGGCUGAGAACAUCCAUUGUUAGACUAAACAAACUGUUAGUUUCACUCUGUACCUUUGACAGCCUGGCUAGAAUGAAAGCUCCUGUUGGUCUAAUAAACAAAGAAUAGUAAUCUGAAAUGGAUUUUAUUACUGGAUGAAAUUCCUCUAUUCAUAGCAUCCAAAUGAUCUAAGUUUAAAGCUUUGCUUCAUCACCACGUGUGUAAGGAACAUGGAGGUUUUCUUGUUUGAAAAGGAGUUCUGAGGCUGGAAAUAUAGUUAAGUGGUGGAUGCUUGAGUGAGAGCCUGAGUUCAAUUCCUAGCAAGGGCUUUUUAAGUUUUAGUUCAGGCACAAUGCAACAGCUCUUACCUCCCUGGUGCCUCUUUGACCAGAAUAGCAGAGUCAAUCUCUACACACACACACACACACACACACACACACACACACACACGCCCUCCUGUUUGUGACUAUAUUUUUCUCUUCCUCUCUCUGUCUCUCUCUCUCUGUCUCUCAUGUCUCUCUGUGUGUAUCUCUCUCUGUCUCUAUGUGUGUGUCUCUCUCUCUGUCUCUCUGUGUCUCUCUCUCUCUUUCUGUGUGUGUGUGUGUAUGUGUGUGUGUGUGUGUGUGUGUGUGUGUGUGAGAGAGAGAGAGAGAGAGAGAGAGAGAGAGAGAGAGAGAGAGAGAACUUGCUGAAGUGAGUGUCCUCACAAGAAGCCAGGAGUCCACUGAGUCACUGUCCUUUUGCUAGGCUGCUGAUUGAGCAUUAUUAACUACCUGGGGAAAUUUGUGUCUCUUAGAAAGAAAGCACUUUGUUUUUGUCUAGUGUGUCUCACCAAGCGCAGAUAUGGACUAGACUGUCCGGCUGUAAAUAAGUAGGUGUGACAAGAUCAGUGCAGCAUUGAAGAAAUAGGCUGUCCAUUCCACCUUCGGGUCUUGUUUAUAUAUUAGUGGAUUUAUGUACUCUAACGCUAUGGUGUAACGUCACUUAACUGUUUGAAGAGGCAUGAUUCAUCAUCCUUGAGAAGGCCUAGCAGUAGGAGUAUAGAGCAGUGGUCUCUGUCCAAAGUCAGGAAGCUGUAAGAAGGGACUGUAUACAUCUCUCCUUUGUCCCUUUUUAAUGAGUCCUAGAGCCCAGCCUAUGGAAUGUUGAGAGAGACCUGUGUUCAGGAUGGGACUUCCCUCCCCAGUUAAGCCUCUCUGAGAAUACUCCCCAGACACACACAAAGAUAUAUAUCUCAUUAAUUCCCAAGAUGUUUUCUUAUCCACUUAUAGCCACCAAAGUAGCCUUGCUGUAAUACAAAUUUAACUAAUCAACUCUAUUCUGCCCCCUCAAGACACCCUCCUCAGGAGUAAGCACUUUAUAAUGUAAGAAGACUCACUGGAUUCUGGAGCAACAAGGUUUUUAAAGAAAAAGAGGUUUAAUUGUGCGUGGAACAUUCACUGUGACCUUUGUCUACUUCAGCUUCAGAAAGAAUGCAGCCCAGUAUAGCAACAAAUCAAGGGUUGGCUUCUAGGGAAAGCUUUUAGCCUUAUGUACUUGCACCAUAUUAGUUAGGGACUGGGUAUCUUCCCCAGUAGGCCCUGCCUCCUUGUAGAUAUAUUUCUUGCCAUUCCUGUGUUAUCCCCAAAUAUGACAUAAUUAAGUUUCUUACUGUGCAUGUGUGUGUGUGUGUGUGUGUGAUUUCCCUUGCAAACAUUUACUUGCCUUUUAAAAUAUGUCUGAUGGUUGCCCACCCCCACUUCACUUAAGCCUGCACCCAUGAAUACCAAUAGAAUGCUGUCAUAGGUGGUAGCAUGUCCACUUUUCAGUGUCUCCUCCACUAGGCUGUAAACCAUGUAAGACAGACAGUGCUGUUUUACUAUUCUGAUAUCUUUGUCUUGGUUCUUGACACACAACAGUGAUUCAGUGCUUGUUUGUUCACUGCAUAGACAAGCAAAUGAAAAGGUUUUUGUGGAGGGGGGUCAGGUGGAUGGAGAGCAUUAAAAGGAACCCAGGUAACUUCUGAUGGGAAAGAUGCUUAGAAGUUAAUAGCAAGGCAUGUUAAUGUAGUAUUUGGGUUUUAAACUACUGGCUGAAGGUCCUGGGCACACACUGCGUCUCAGCAUUGAAUCCACCACUUUGGUGUGUACCUGGGUGUGAGAGGCUCUUCUAGUUGGGUGUAAAUUAUUGCUGCAAUUGAUUGAGUUAGACUCCAAAGUCAGUCAUGCCAGAGGAAUCUGCCAAGUGUUUACUUUGAUCUUACACUUGCUCAUUAAUCCAAUGUGAGUUUCAAAAAUCAAACUUUUUCUUUUCUUUAGUAUUUGCAGUAUUUGAGACUAGACUUUAAUAGGAGGAAAUUAGUAUUUUUGUCUAGAUUGUACUUUAACUCAUUCUUUUGGAAGUGGCCAGUUUUAUAAAGAAAAUUAGUGUAACAACAAUAUUACUAUGCUCCUGUUUGGGCCAGAUUUAGGAAUCCCUCUCAACUGAUCCUCAGCCCCUAAAUAUGAAGCACGACUCUGGAGCUUAAUCUACUUCUUUUCCUGUCCUUAAGUCCCAGUUAUCCUCCUCUCCGGGGAUCUGGAAACAGGCAGCAGAAGCAGUUUGGAAAUAAAUAGUAAGGACUCUGUGUUUAUAGGGAAGAAACCCUGGACAAGCUGAGCUGAGUGCCGUAUGACGUCAUGCUGGGUAGGUUCAGGGUCAGGCCAGUGAGGUAGUGAAAAGGCAGAGACUCUUCCACCCUGGGCCUUUUAACCCCUGCCAGUGACCUGAGGAUUUUCUGAAUGAAUUACCAUAAUUGGAUUUCAUUCAUAAGAGAGAAGUUUCCCAGUGCGCCAAAUAUGCUCUGCAAUUGAGACAGGGAAAGAGAAAGAAACCCAACAGGAAAUACAUCUUUGUAAAGUGAAAAGGUGAUGCGUUGAGUCCUGCAGGCACUGGGCACUUAUCCAAGGUGACCUCUUCAUCACCCUCUGGCACCCUGGCUCACCCCGCUUCACUACCCAGCCAGCGUUUACCAGGUGGAUUCACUUUCUUCCCUCCCUGAUAAGGCAGGGAGGGACCUUGACACACCCAGACCCAUAUCCAGUCUCCUUUCCUGUUUCCCCUGACCCUGGUCAUGUACAACCCUGGGUGAUAAUGCUGCUGAAGCAUACAGUAAAGCAGAUCUGUCGUAUCCAUGUGAGGGAGGGCAAGGAGGAGAAAAGCAAAAAGGCCACAUGGGAGUUCAGCUUCACCUCUCGGUGACCUUGGCUGUGUGUGAAGUACACAAGAGGAAUUGCCAGGACCUUGCAGCCUGUUCCUAUCCAGCACUGCUUUGACUUAGCUUGGCUAUAGAGCAACUUUUAUAGAGAACUUUGGCAAAAAACAAUUCUCUGUGAACUGCAUAUCCAAACCAAGAAGCAUUAAUCAUAAUGAACACGCAACUUUUCCCUAUGUCAACAUUGCUUAGCACCAGCAUUUUCUCACAAGGUGUUUUUCAUUCUAAGAUCAGGAAAGUGAGUGGAUGUCGUCUUUGUAUGUAUUUACCACCGCUGUCCCUUCCUCCCCCUCUUCCUUUCCUGUUCCUUCCCUUCCUAUUUUCUUCCUUCUUUAAUCCCCUCCCUUUCUCUCUUCUUCCUUAUUUCAGUCCUUCCUUCCUUCCAUCUUUUCAGUCCAUAAAACAUUUUUCUUAGCCGUGAAGCAUUUGUUUUGACAAACCAGCUCUUACCCUCCACUGCCCUUUCUCCAAGGAGAUGCUGUAUAGCAUGUGCACAUCGCCCUAGGACUAGGUAAUAUGCAAGACUCCCUGUAAUCGUCAAGUCCUUGAUGAAAAUAUCUGAGAGAAUGCAGAACAGUGUACAGAAAGAACACAUCCCCACAAAUCAGUGGGAAGAUUUCUAAAACCCCUACUCUGGCUUCAGUCCUGCACUAGAUGCCUCCCACCACACACUCCUUUGUUUUUCCCCUCCCAUAAUCAGGGAUGCACAUCACCAACUCUGGAGUGGGAGGCUGCUCAGGAGAAGAGUAAUGCUCAAGCACCUUCAUACUUGGAAACUUAAUGAACUUUGCUUAAGCUUCUGAUCUCUCCUUUCCAUGCUGUUUGAUGUACAUAAAGAUGAAGAAAGCAGAGACUCAAAGGUCAUCUUGAAAUUCACUUAGAUCUGCCCUCUCCUCCACACCAUCUGGGUGCAGCUUUAUGUUCUGACCACUGAAUGCUAAAGAUUAGUAACUAGAGGACAUUGGUAUCUUUUGCUGAUACCCUUUGAAGAAGGAACUGCUGAUAAGAAAGCAAUUUUGUUAAAAAAAAAAAAA